AUGAGGCUGCGCAGAGGAGUCGCCCGCUGGCUGGUGAUCGCAGCGCUGCGGGCGGGCGGCGGCGCGGUCCGCAGGUUGGCGCACCGCACGCGCGUCGUGGACGAGGUCCCCCACCAGCAGAACGCCUACUACAACCACAGAGACGUGGCCUACUACAACCACAAAGACGGCGCGCGCAUCGUCAAGUCGUCGCACUUCGAGCAGGACUACAUGCUGGGCCGCAAGAUCUCCUUCUUCUGCAUGGCGCAGGGCUACCCGCGGCCGGAGAUCACCUGGUUCAAGGACGGCGUCGAGCUGCUCGACCACGACUACUUCCAGGUGCGAGAGUGGACUUCGGGCAACGACACGGUGCGCUCCAAGAUGGAGAUCGACCCGGCGAUGCAGCGCGACGCCGGCUACUACGAGUGCCAGGCAGACAACCAGUACUCCGUGGACAGCCGGCGCUUCCGCACCGACUACGUCGUCUACACCUUCUAGCCUACCAACACACUGCGCCGUACUUCCCUAACAGACCACCUACCAUUGCAGGACGCGAUUUGGACACAAGUUUUCCUGCCUCCUCUGCAUAGAAUCAGUGUCAAUGUGGCACCAUGUUGCGCCUGUGGCCAUCAUUCCGUUAUAGAUCUAAACUGUCUGUUGUUUCCUUCUACCAAGUAUUAAGCUGUGCCAGAAAAAAAAAGAAAAAAAAAAGAAAUAUGUAGCGGUUAAGUUCAUCCAGUUACCACACAAUGUAGUUUCACACUUCAGUGAUAACAAUGUGCAAGUUAUUAAAGCGAUCACUGAAUUUACUUCAAACAGCAAUUUUACUAUUUUAAUUUUAUUGUAGUUAAUUUAUAGAUACAACACUCUGACGGAACAUAUUCUGCGCUGUUUCAAAGUGUGUUUUAUGUGAUAUGUGUUUUAAUCUGCACAUUCCAGCUGGUUCACCGAAAGAUUUUUGUUCUGAAAACUUUAUUCUGACAAGGUAAUGUAAUGUCUCUUAAAUAAUUGUAACUUGUAGCUGUCAACAACCAAACAGGAUGAACUUAUUGUCUUA